CAGAAAAAAAAAUCUGAAAAACUUCCAAAAUCAAAAACUAAUGAAACGCCUACAUUAAGAGGAAUCAAGGGGUCUACUGAACUUUUAUCAUUGGCAAACUUUGAUUGCAUCUGGGGUUUUCCUCCUGACUUUAUGCACGGUGUACUUUUAGGUGUGACACGACAACUAUGGAAUGAGUGGAGUAAAAAUUUUUUAUCAAAUGCACAAAAAAAAUUAAUUAAUAAAAGAUUGACUAAUAUACAACCUCCUAAUGAAAUUCAGCGAACACCACGAGUUCUACUACAAAAAAAACUGUGGAAAGCAAGUGAAUGGCGUUCAUGGCUGUUAUUCUAUAGUGUUCCAGUAUUAACCGGAAUUUUACGUGAUGAUUUGUUAGAUUCUUAUAAGCUUCUUGUGAGUAGUGUACACAAACUGUUAUCGUAUAAUAUAACAGAAGAAGAGCUGCUGACA